AUGCCGGCCGACAACACGCCAAUAGACGAGGGUCCUCUCAUUAGCGUCGCAUGCGGGCACGCGCUGAAGGUCCUGCACUACGCUAAUAAAGCCCCGAAGCAAGUCAAAAUGACUCUCACAGCGUUCAGGUAUAUGAACGUUGCCUACUGCGCCCUCAUGCUGUCGAGGUACCUCACUGUCUGCGGGACACCUGCCAGAGAGAUACUCGGACUGAUUUACGACACACAAAAGAAUCUGGACAACCCCUCUGGACGUGUCAACUCUGCCCUCAGUGUUGCUCUGAGUCAAGCAAAGAAUGAGCUGCAAACGGCCGGUGAUAGUUGGGAGAUACCUUCAGAUCAUCCCGACACUGAUUGCGAGAUCACGGCUUUCGACCCUUCCACUGGAUUUCAUCAAGGAUAUCCUCUAAGCUUGGAGGACAUAAAUGACUGCUUUCCAUCGUUUGGGACCCUCUUUGGCGACACAUCCACAAUGCCAAUCAUGCCUUUCAUGUAG